AUGUCGUUUGAAAAUUUACAUAAGGUCAAUGCUGAGGCGUUGGAGGACGCUGUCGUUGAGAUCUGCUCCUCACUGGAGGUCGAUGCAGCAAAGUUGGACGAACUGACAGCCUACUUCAUCGAAUGCAUGGAAAAGGGGUUGAACAACACUUCCGUCGGUGAAGAAAAGACAGUAGAUAAAGGUCUACCCAUGAUCCCAACAUAUGUGACGAGUUUACCCAACGGAACAGAACGUGGUGUUUUGUUGGCUGCUGAUUUGGGGGGUACUCACUUCAGAGUGUGUUCCGUGACUUUGAACGGUGACGGUACUUUUGACAUGCAACAGUUGAAAUCUAAGAUCCCGGAAGAAUAUCUCAAUGACAGGGAAAUCACCAGCGAAGAGUUGUUUAGCUACUUGGGGCGUCGUACCAGGGCGUUUGUGAGAAAGCACCACCCUGAGUUAUUGAAGUCUACAGGGGAGAACAUAAAACCUUUGAAAAUGGGGUUCACUUUUUCAUAUCCUGUUGAUCAAACCUCUUUGAGUUCCGGUACUUUGAUCAGAUGGACAAAAAGUUUCAAGAUUGAAGAUACGGUCGGCAAGGAUGUGGUGAGGUUGUACCAAGAGCAACUGGACAUUCAGGGGCUCUCCAUGAUCAAUGUGGUGGCUUUGACCAACGACACGGUUGGCACUUUCUUGUCGCAUUGCUACACUUCAGGUGCUCGUCCCUCGAGCGCUGGAGAAAUCAGCGAGCCUGUUAUCGGUUGUAUCUUCGGUACCGGUACUAACGGUUGUUACAUGGAGGACAUUGAAAAUAUCAAGAAGUUACCAGAUGAGUUAAGAACCAGACUACUGCAUGAAGGAAAGACCCAAAUGUGUAUCAACAUUGAAUGGGGGUCCUUCGAUAAUGAAUUGAGACACUUAUCUGCUACGAAGUACGACAUCGAUAUCGAUCAAAAGUUUUCUCCAAACCCAGGUUACCAUCUUUUCGAGAAAAGAAUUUCCGGCAUGUACUUGGGGGAGUUAUUAAGAAAUAUCCUGGUGGACUUGCAUGCAAGAGGGUUAAUCUUGGGGCAAUACCGUAACUACGAUCAAUUACCUCAUCGUUUAAAGACUCCCUUCCAAUUAUGUAGUGAAGUUCUUUCCAGGAUUGAAAUUGAUGAUUCCACGAACUUGCGUGAAACUGAAUUAUCGUUUUUGCAAAGUUUAAGACUACCGACCACUUUUGAAGAACGUAAAGCAAUUCAAAAUCUGGUCCGUUCCAUCACAAGAAGGUCCGCAUAUUUAGCAGCUGUGCCAAUUGCUGCCAUCCUAAUCAAGACGAACGCCUUGAACAAAAGAUAUCACGGUGAGGUAGAAAUCGGUUUCGAUGGUUAUGUUAUUGAAUACUACCCUGGGUUCAGAUCUAUGCUAAGACAUGCUUUGGCAUUAAGUCCAAUUGGCACUGAAGGUGAACGUAAGAUUCAUUUGCGUCUAGCUAAAGAUGGUUCCGGUGUUGGUGCAGCUCUGUGUGCUCUGGUGGCAUGA